UAAUCACGUAGCGACCAAUUACUGUUGUCCGGGAUCGUGUACGCCGGCGUUAUUAACACAUUAUAGUUGUUUAUUAAGUUAUAUGUAACAUUUGGUUUUGUUACAAAACCGCUUUAUCGUAAGCAUUUUUAUUUUAUUUUUUUUAGUCGUUGGGUUUCAAAGACAUUUGAGCGUGUUUGUAAAUGUUUAGCUAGCAGGCUAACAACAGGCUAACAACAGGCCCCGAGUCAUCGCUUAGUUCGGGGAAAAGCUGCUUAAAUGUGCACAUUUGUGAAGCAGGAUGGGUUAAUAUGGAGUCAUGUCAUGUGUCACAUCAGUGUUUUGCAAGCCAGCUUCAGCGCACGCUGCUGAGACACAAGUGUGCACCGGGAGCGUGGAUGUGCUACAGCGGUGUGGCGUCCAAGUCCUAGCCGGGUCAUGAUGCUCCUGCGGCGGCUGCUGAGGAAGCGCUGGGUGCUGGGGGUCGUCUUCGGGCUGUCGCUCAUCUACUUCCUCACCAGCACACUCAAACAGGAAGAGCGGACCAUACGGGACCGCACGCUGUUGGAGGUUAGAGACUCGGACCAUCGCAUCCCAUGGAAGGUUCGCUUCAACCUGGGCAACAGCAGCCGGCAGAUGAGCCAGUGCAGAAACUCCAUCCAGGGCAAGACGCUGCUGACGGACGAGCUGGGUUACGUGUGUGAGAGGAAAGACUUGCUGGUGAACGGCUGCUGCAACGUCAACGCUCCCAGCACGCGGCAGCACUUCUGCAAAAGCUGCCUGGCCAACGGCUGCUGCAGCGUCUACGAGUACUGCGUGUCUUGUUGCCUGAGGCCCGACAAGCAACCUCUCCUGGAGCGCUUCCUGAACCGCGCCGCCGAGGGCUUCCAGAACCUCUUUGUUGCCGUGGAGGACAUCUUUGAGCUGUGCCUGGCCAAGUGUCGUACAUCCUCGCAAAGUGUCCAACACGAGAACACGUACCGGAACCCUCAAGCCAAGUACUGCUACGGAGAGAGUCCUCCAGAACUCCUUGUGGUCUAAGAGUCGGACUUUGCCCCGGCGGACAUCCAGACACAAACACUGUACAUAUUUUUAUCUUCGAUGAGUAUUUACACUUCAUAAGUGCAUCAAACACGUCCAUCCAGUCAUCCGUGAUGACCAUCAGGUCGCAGGCAGCUCCCUUUUUGUUUAGCACAUGUCACCACUUCAAGUCCCUCCCACCUCCGCCAAGGUCAUGUUCUUGUGGCUCGCUUCCGCAAAAACUCAUCCCUUUUCCUAACUUUGCACAGGGCCGUCUGGUUGACAAGUGAAGACCCAUUCUGGGUCUGGGCGGGCAACACGGCUUUGUCGUUAGCAUUAGCAUGGCGGGUCCGGAGACGGCGUCUUCUUGACUGGUGGUGAGCCUUUAGAAGCAAAGACUGGAACUUUCUUUGAAUGAAAUGUCCAGUAGUUGCAUUUUCAAAUGAUAGUAAGUACGUGUCAGAGUCCAGAAGCUAAUCUUUAGACACCUAAUGACUCCAUCCAGUUCCUGCGGUGACGAUUCGACCAGGAAUCCAAUCCCCGAUUUAAACAGUUUCUCGCAAAGAUUUUUUGGUUUGAUAAUGAUAAUAAUAAAACUUUUUGAAAACACCUUAAAAAAAA